AUGAGCAUCGCAUCCUGCAAACUACUUGUCCUUCAACUCUCUGAAUGGGAUCGGGACAAGACCUAUGACGAAGGUCAGCCUCGCUAUAUCCGCUACACAGCAAAACGAAAGGUGACACAGAACGGGAAGCGCAUCGCCAGAGACACCGAGCCGGACUUUGUGCUCGCACCAUCAUCAGAAUCGCCUGGAUCUCACAAAUUCCGAUUAUGA